GACGGGCUCUGUGCUCGCCAUUGCUCCGCCGAGCAGCUCGCCGCUGGCGCUGCUAUUCCUUCCCACACCAAUCGCUGCUGCUGCGAUUGCUGUCUCUGCGGCUGCCUCCUCUCGCGCAUGCCCCUCGACGGCAGCAGCAUGUUCCGAAAAUGGAUAAAAAGCGGCGCGGCGGCAGCGCCGUCGACAGAGGACGGCGCGGCCUCACUAGGAAGGUGCUCUCCAGUGCCUGCGGGCGGCGCUGCAUCCGUCGGCUCGCGCGCGAGCAAGGGCGCGCACGACGCGAGCGAGAGCGCCGAGGCGCUGCAGAGCCAGCUGGAGAAGCUGGAGGAGGAGUGCCAGAAGAUCAAGCACCAGCUAGCGAGGGUGCACAACCACGCGGAGCUGUCCAUCGAGGUGGUGGACGAGGAUCUGACCCUGACCCGCUCUCGCUUCUCGCGCGCCGCCCCGGGCGCCACGCCGGCAGGCUCGCUGAUGCCGUCGAAGGAGGGUUCGAUCAAGCGGGGGGCCGGCGCGCGAGGAGCGUCAGCGGGCGGCGGGCGGUCGACGGCCGGCGGCGUGGCGUCCUCCCUCAACAGCUCCUCCAUCGCCAGCAUGUCUUCCUUUGGUCCUCGCAUGUCCUACGCCGUCCGGCCCGCGCCGUCGCCCGGCGCCGCCGCGUCGCACGCGCCGACGUCAGCAAAGGACCUGCUAGCGAUGGUGCAGCGGGGCAGGAAGCGCGCGCAGUACAACUCUCGCGUUGACUCGGAGGAGCUCGCCGCGCUGACGGGCAACGGCGCCGUGACGCUGCUGCCGCGAGGAGGGGUGCAUGUGAGGACGCGGCACGGUCCGGUGCAGUUUGGAAUCCCGCCAGAGACGAUCAAGGACUCGCUGCAGCUUGGGCUGGACGUGCCAAAGGUGUACGUGGUUGGAAAGGAGCGGUUCAACCUCAAGUUUGGCACAAACACCGCCGAGUUCGAGUUCCCCGCCUACUGGAACUUCUUCAUCAAGGGCGACAAGACGACGGUGGUUUGCGCAGCGGCGGCAGCGGCUGUGAUUCGGCAGGUGCUGGAGGAGGUGCUGGAGGGGCCUGC